UGGACUAUAAGGUGGAGGUUACAGUGAAAUAUAAGGUGGAGGUUACAGUAGACUAAAAUAUGGAGAAUACAGUGGAAUAUAAGGUGAAGGUUACUGUGGACUCUAAGGUGGAGGUUACUGUGGACUUUAAGGUGGAGGUUACUGUGGACUAUAAGGUGGAGGUUACUGUGGACUAUAACGAGGAGGUUACAGUAGACUAUAAGGAGGAGGUUACUGUGGACUAUAAGGUGGAGGUUACUGUGGACUAUAAGGAGGAGGUUACUGUGGACUAUAAGGAGGAGGUUACUGUGGACUAUAAGGUGGAGCUUACUGUGGACUAUAACGAGGAGGUUACAGUAGACUAUAAGGAGGAGGUUGCUGUGGACUUUAAGGUGGAGGUUACAAUAGACUAUAAGGAGGAGGUUACUGUGGACUUUAAGGCGGAGGUUACUGUGGAAUAUAAGGUGGAGGUUACUGUGGACUAUAAGGUGGAGGUUACUGUAGACUAUAAGGUGGAGGUUACUGUGGACUAUAAGGUGGAGGUUACUGUGGACUUUAAGGUGGAGGUUACUGUGGACUUUAAGGUGGAGGUUAUAGUAGACAAUAAGGAGGAGGUUACUGUGGACUAUAAGGUGGAGGUUACUGUGGACUAUAACGAGGAGGUUACUUUGGACUAUAAGGUGGAGGUUACUGUGGACUAUAACGAGGAGGUUACAGUAGACUAUAAGGAGGAGGUUGCUGUGGACUUUAAGGUGGAGGUUACAGUAGACUAUAAGGAGGAGGUUACUGUGGACUAUAAGGUGGAGGUUAUAGUAGACUAUAAGGAGGAGGUUACUGUGGACUAUAAGGUGGAGGUUACUGUGGACUAUAAGGUGGAGGUUACUGUGGACUAUAAGGAGGAGGUUACUGUGGACUAUAAGGGGGAGGUUACUGUGGACUAUAAGGUGGAGGUUACUGUGGACUAUAACGAGGAGGUUACUGUGGACUAUAAGGAGGAGGUUACUGUGGACUAUAAGGUGGAGGUUACUGUGGACUAUAACGAGGAGGUUACUUUGGACUAUAAGGUGGAGGUUGCUGUGGACUUUAAGGUGGAGGUUACAAUAGACUAUAAGGAGGAGGUUACUGUGGACUUUAAGGCGGAGGUUACUGUGGAAUAUAAGGUGGAGGUUACUGUGGACUAUAAGGUGGAGGUUACUGUAGGCUAUAAGUUGGAGGUUACUGUGGACUUUAAGGUGGAGGUUACUGUGGACUAUAAGGUGGAGGUUACUGUAGACUAUAAGGUGGAGGUUACUGUGGACUUUAAGGUGGAUGUUACUGUGGACUUUAAGGUGGAGGUUAUAGUAGACAAAAAGGAGGAGGUUACUGUGGACUAUAAGGAGGAGGUUACUGUGGACUAUAACGAGGAGGUUACUGUGGACUAUAAGGUGGAGGUUACUGUGGACUAUAAGGUGGACUUUACUGUGGAAUAUAAGGUGGAGCUUACUGUGGACUUUAAGGUGGAGGUUACUGUGGACUAUAACGAGGAGGUUACAGUAGACUAUAAGGAGGAGGUUGCUGUGGACUUUAAGGUGGAGGUUACAGUAGACUAUAAGGAGGAGGUUACUGUGGACUAUAAGGUGGACUUUACUGUGUAAUAUAAG